UGAAUAUCUAGUUGCUUUUAAAUUUUCUAGCAAAUAAAAAUUGAGAAUAUUUUAUAUAUAUUUUAUCAGAAUUAUCGUGUAAUUCUUCCUUUUUCUUUUCAUUUUUAAGACUUAAAACAUUAACAAUUUUGUUAUGUCUUGUAAUCUACGGUAAAUAUAAAUAUACCGUUAAAACAAUUUUGAUUCAAACCAAGAAGAGCGCAGACACCUUUCUCCUGUACCGUUUAGUCCUCAUUCUUGCUGUGUUCGCGAACGAUAGACUGAAUAACACAGUCUCUUAUACAUUAUUUUAGAGUGAAGUUAACAGUCAAACACGAGGUUAUUUGAUAAUAGCGUGUUUUUUUAAAUUGAGUGAAGCACUGGUAAAGGUGCAUAAAAAACAUUACAAAAAUGUGGCUAUUUCGCCAUAGUCAGUGCACUAGUAAAGUGCGUCUUGUAGGCAAGACAGUGGUUAUAACAGGAGCGAAUACUGGAAUUGGCAAAGAAACUGCCAGAGAUCUCUAUAGAAGAGGUGCAAGGGUAAUUUUGGCCUGUCGAGAUAUACAAAAAGCAAACGAUGCACUUGAAGAUUUAAAAAAAAAUCCACCUUCAAGAGCAGAUAGAAAACAAUUUCAAGGUAAUCCAGGUGAGCUUGUAAUUUAUCGAUUGGAUCUCUCUAGCCUAAAGAGCGUGAAAGAAUGUGCUAAAAAUUUAUUAACAAAUGAAUCGGCUAUUCAUUUGUUAAUAAAUAACGCCGGCGUAAUGAUGUGUCCACAAGAAACAACCGAAGAUGGAUUCGAAUUGCAGCUACAAACAAACUAUAUCGGUCACUUUCUUUUGACGCUUCUGCUGCUGCCAAAAAUGCAGUCUUCCCUUCCUGUCUGUAGGAUAGUGAAUGUAUCAUCGCGUAUUCACAUUUUUGGUGCUAUACAUGAUGACUUAAAUUUGAAGGAAUCAUAUACUCCUCUCAAAGCCUACAUGCAAAGUAAAUUGGCAAACAUAUUGUUUGCCAAGGAACUCGCUCGUCGAUUAAAAGAAGCAAACAUUAGCGGAAUAAAUGUAUAUUCUUUACACCCUGGUGCUAUAACAACAGAGCUAGGUCGACAUUUUAGUGAAACAGUAUUUCCAGGUGCAAACACUGUUUUACGAGCGAUAUUGCGACCAAUUUUAAAGAACCCUGAAGAAGGUGCACAAACGACUUUACAUUGUGCGGUGGAUGAAAAAGCAGCUAAUGAGACUGGUCUUUAUUAUCAAGAAUGCGGAGUUGCAACUCCACAUUGGCGAGCACGAAAUGAUCAAAUUGCUAAAGACUUGUGGGACGUAACUUGUCGGCUUUUACACUUGAAAUCUGACGAAGAUCUUGCCACAUUUUUAAAAACCAUUUCACGUCAAAUUGCUGAAUAAUAUAAUA